AUGAAUACACUCAGUAGCCAAAAGCCUGUCCAAGUCGGCCUCCCGCCACUGGAGUCUUUUUGGCCUUCCAUUGGUCAACCCUACAAGGUAGCGAGCCCUUUUUUCUCCGAAUCCCCGGAUACAUCAACACUCCUGCGGCCAAUUUCCGUUAGCCCUGCCACCUACAGAGCCUCCCUCGAUUUCCAGGUUCCUUUCACAUUUGCUAUUGGAUAUGUCACGACGGUCCUUUUUUUGAAUAGACUCAAUGUUAGCCGCCAGGGUAAGCCCUGGGUUUUCACUAAAAACCCUGUGUUCAGGGCGUUUGUGGUUUUACACAAUGCCUCACUUGCAGUGUUCUCUGCUUGGGUACUUUACGGAAUGGGCUACUCCAUGUACGCCUCCUGGCCAACGGGUGCUACCAAGGAAGGGCCCGAUUAUCACGCGCAUGUAGCGCAAAUGUUUUGUGCGACGGACGCAAAUGCAAUUCAAGGUAAGAUGAAUCUAUUCGUAUACUUGAUACCAUCAUUGGAAUGUCAAUAUCUAACCUCGUCUCAUAUGACAGCUUCGGCAAAUGUAAAAAGUCUUUGGGACGAAGGAUCUGCCUAUUUUGGCUGGUUCUUCUACAUGUCUAAGUUCUACGAAGUGCUUGACACAAUGAUCAUUCUUUCAAGCGGAAAGAAAAGCUCUACUUUGCAGACUUAUCACCACGCUGGUGUGAUUCUCUGCGCCUGGGCGUCAUUGAGAUACACAUCUCCGUCAUAUGUGGUUCCUGUUGUGUUCAAUUCAGCAGUCCACACGCUAAUGUACUCUUAUUUUGCCAUGCAAUCGCUUGGAGUAUCCAUUCCUAUGGCAAUUAAGCGUUCUCUCACCGUCAUUCAAAUCGCCCAGUUCUUGAUAGGUCUGGUCUGGCUCUACGUUCCCGUUUUCUUGAAGUACAACAUAAGCUCCGUGAUGACACCCCAGGCGUUCUCCAAUGUGUCUUUGUCCGAGCUAGCCCCACGACUUGUGCAUGCUGCGCCAAGUCGCGACUUUUGCGAUGAGACUGAGAAACUUGCUUUGGACACAGCUGUCUCCUGUCUGACUGACCGUGGGCAGGGUUUGGCUGUUGCAUAUUCAACCAUAUAUAUUCUACCUCUGCUGGUCCUGUUUGUCCAAUUUUUCAUCAGGUCCUAUAUGAAGGCUCGAAAGUGA